ACAAACCAAAAAAACUCUAAGCGGUGUUCUCGGGUAGUGAUUGCAGUGAUGGCAUAGCAACCAGAACAAGCUAACAGGCUAAUACUGAGGAGAACUGUUUGAGAGAGUUUAGGCGGACAAAAUUAAAAAAAAAUAAUAAUAAUAAUUGUUAUAUAAAUAUUUUUAUUGUUAUAUUUUAGUAACAAAUCAAUAUUUUGGUCUUGUGAACGAUGGACAGGAAAAGAACCGUCAGGAGAGCCACUUCGGCGGGUUAUCGUUUACCGGAGCGACCGAGCGUUGCCCUCGCCUCGCAGUCCUCGGUGUCUGUGGGGAGACCCUUGCCGGGCAGGACACGAAGCAGCGAGCCGCCGGAGCGAGAUAUCGACACCCGAGACCCGGUAAAACAGGACCAAGUCUGGCGGGAGUUCGUGCACAACGAGCAAACCGGAGCGAAGGAGUGGGAGAAGAACUGGAGCUUUCUAAAAGACUUUGACCAGCUGGGUCGCCCCAGGACGGAGCCCCCCCUCCCCAGCUAUGUGCCUCUGUACUCUGACACAGUUCCCAACACCACCAACCAGACGUUUGGCAGCCGGGUGUGUACUGAGCUGGGUAAAGAGCUGAUGCGGAUUGACAAGCUGCUGAUUCUAACAGCAUCACACCGAAAGACCAAACAGAGUCCUGAGAUGCAGCCCUGCUGACAUCUGCUACCGUGACAGGCGGUCACAACCAUUAUUUUAGCUGAGAGAUUUUAGUUACAGGAGAACCAAAACAUCUCCAAACAGAACUAACUCUACACUGCUAAGAAGAUGCGUUAAAUGGACUUGAUUCAAAUGUGUACAUCAGGACUAAAAUAUAUUACAUCAGCACAGUUAUUGUCAAAAGUAUGUGAACAGGCAGACAAAACCUGUGCUGAUAACUGGCAACAAACACAUUUGAAUCAAGUGCAUUCAGUAAUUUGUGCCGAAAAAAUUUCGUUUUAAUGCUAAAAUGGUAAAUCUGCUCUAAAAGGUUUCUCUUGGUGCAGAAAUACUGUAUACACUACUGUUUAAAAGUUUCGAAUCACUGUUCAAAACACUUUUGAAUAAUGGUUUUGUUGCAGAUACAGGUAUAACGAUUCUGAUAUGAUGCUAAUUUGCUAUAGGUUUCAAACAAUUUAUAGGAAGCUGUACAAAUUCAGAAAUGUUCCAUUAUAAACGCAGCUGUAGAUGAUUCCGUUAUAAUGGAGAAAGCUGUACAGCAGGGGUCUUUAAUUAAAAUUCAAU